AUGAAUGAUAAUUCAAAGAAUAGUAGCAAUAAUAGCAAUCAACUGACCGAAAAUGAUAAGAAGCAGAACGAUGAACCAAAUAAAACAUCAGGCGAAACUAAAUAUGUUUUAGAUCCUAAUCUUCUUAAGUCCGGAAAUAAUAUCAACAAACAGAACAGCAAUUCUGAUCAAAAUACUAAAACAACAGAGAGUAAAAGCGAUAAGCCAAACCAAAAUACAAAAUUCCAACCAUAUUAUCCUCUUUUUGAUAUUAUCCAAGAGAAAUCAGAAAAAACACCAGAAAAUUCCAAAAAAUUCGUAACAGGAUACGUUGAUGACAAUCAUUUUGUAUUCGCUGAUGAAUUUACAAAUAAUUUGAUAAUUUCUGCUACAGGAAAGAAACAACGCGACAUUCCAAUGGAUUACAAGCCAUCAUCAAUUACAUUAGUUAAAGACACAAUUUUAGUUACAAGUGAUAAAAAUUUAAAUAUUUUUAAUCUUGAAAAGCUAGAUUCACAAACAAAAACAUUCCAAAAUAUAGUCUACGCCAAGUGCGAUCUAAACAUGCAAAAUUACUUUUAUUUCUUAAUAACUCCGAACUUAUAUUUGAAUUUUAUUUCCGAAAAUCAACAAGUUAAUAAUGACAUGAAUUUUCAACAGACAUUGGUAUACGAUAACGUUUUACAGUUUGAUUUCUCAUUUAUUUUGUUUUGCAUUUUAGAUCAAAAUUUCAAGUUAACUGUCUUCGAUAGAACAGAAUCCAGGUUUGUCAUACACUCAGAAAUACUUAUAGACCAAAAUAACGUCAAAAUAUACUGCGAUAACUCAAAUGUUUACUUAUAUAAUUUUCAAAAUGAAUCUUGUGAGGUAAUUAAUGUAUUUGAGAAUACGAGAGUUGUAUACCAUGAAGUUGUUAACGUAAUUUCAUCAAAUUAUAAAGUUAUUUUGAUCUUCAAAACAAAAAUUCGAAUUGAAAACGAAGAAUACCAAAUACAAGGCUGUAAAUGUGCAUUACAGUCUAACUAUAACAGAUACAUAUACUACAAUGCCCAAAAGAUUGAAAAAACUGAUUUGCAAUUUCCGAAAAAUCCAAUUUCAUAUAAAGAAUUAAAUCUUGAGAAUUUCUUCCAACAAUCGAACAGUUUAGUCAGUUCCUUAGAAAACAAGCUCUCUCAAAGCAGUUCUCUUUUAAAUCCAACUCUUCAAUCUGCAAAGUCAAAUUUAAACACGUUCAGUAAUAUAAUACUUAAUUCAGGACUUAUCUGUGAUUCAUUGAUUUUCUUAUUCGAUAAAAAUCCAAAUCUUUCUUUAUCUUACAUGAGGAAUCAUCCUGAUCGUUCAAUAAUCAAAUUUCUGACUUCAAAGCAUAAGGAAAUCAUCAAGUGUAUUAAAGAAAAUUCGAUUUCUCAACCAAUUUUGAUUUCAAUUUUGCCAAAUUUGCUUUCUGUUUGCCAAACUCAUGAAAAAUUUAUGGAUAUUGUAAACCAAAUAAUUGAAGGCAUUGAUUCAACAGAUUAUUUUAAUUGUUUUGUUAUAUCUCAAAUAUAUGAUAAUUUAAAUCAGUUUUUAGAUACAAUUCAGAAAAACAAUCCAAAGUUGCAAGAUAAAAUCACUAAUUACAAGGAUUUCAUUCAAAAAUGCCAAAAUAAUUUCUCAUCAAUGGAAAUUGACCUUGAAACAUUCUAA